AUGAGUGACAACUGGGAUGAUGAUCAAUCAAAAGAUGAUAGGGAAAAAACCCGACGUGAAAGAGAUCUCGAACGUGAACUAAGAAGACGCUCAGACCGUGAAGAUUGGGGCCGAGACCGCUCAGACCGUGACCGAUCAGAUAGAUCCGACAGAAGAUCCAAUCGUGACCACCAUCGCGACUCCAGAGAUCGCAGAGAUAGAGAUAGAGAACACAGGGAUUCUAGAGAUUCCAGAGAUUCCAGAGACUCGAGAGAUUCCAGAGAUUCUAGAGAUUCUAGAGAUUCUAGAGAUUCUUACAGAAGCCGUAGACGCCGUAGUCGUUCAGCCAGUCCACGAGCAGGCAGAAGUGGCAGACACUCUUCCAGCAGACGACAACACUCCACUCUUCCAGACCUUUCUCAAAUCAUUCCACUCGAACAGCGCGUGCGUCAUAACUCACGAUGGGAUAUCCCCUUUGACGGCUUUGAACGCGUCCCUGCAUCUAUAGCAAAACGGUCCGGCCAUUUCAAUCUUCUUGGCGAACAACGUCCCAUUGACGAUUCCGUACUGGUAGGACUCAUUGAUUCCACAGCCGGUGGACCCGGCGGACUUCAAUUUAAACCAAAUGGACGUCCUGGUAACAUGAUGAGCAGAAUGGGAGGUGGAAACAAUAGCAUCGGUAAUGGCGCCACUGGUGGAGCAAGUGGAAUGUCGCGUAUGGGAUCAAUGGGAGGAUCAACCGGCCGUUCUGGAGAACCCUUGCGAAUUACUGCAUCUGGUGAACAAGAUACUUCGGCGGCAGCAUUUGUGGCCCCAUUAGCACCUGAAAGCUCACGUUCUAGUCGGCGUAUUAUUGUGUCAAGCUACAAGCCACAGGGCUACGACGUAACUGCAGAUGAGGUGGCUGCUUACUUUACAGAAACUCUUGCCACUAUCAACUUACUUACCCCAGUACAAGAUGCACCUGUUGUGAAACUUGCGCGUGCUUCAAAUGACGGUUCUUUCAUUAUGCUCGAAUUUGCCACCACAGAACUCGCCACCAUUGCAAACACUUUUAAUGGCUCUUUCUUUAAAGGACUCGAUUCAGAAUGGGUCAUGGCUAUUUCGCGUGCACAAGAUUACAUCACUCCAUCGCCAUCGCGCUUGGAGUUUGAAGAGGCCGCAGAUGCUGGAAUCAAGCUGCGUGCAGAAGAAAUUGAAGCUGAACGGAAACGAUUAACAGAAGAGGAAAAUGCAUCACAAGAAGAUCUUGAAGCUCUAGACAAAUUUAAAUCAAUCAGUGCACGAGUCUUAGACUCUAAAAAUAAGCUCUACGUGGCUGAUCUUCCAUUUUUCUUAAAACCAACUCAAAUUCUGGACCUGCUUGCAGCCUUUGGUGAGGUUGUGGCACUUCAAAUUGUCACAGACAAAAAUUCCCCCGCAGGCGAGACUCGUGGAAUUGUGUUUUUGGAAUAUAAAGACGCUGAAACUGUCAACAAGGCUGCACUUCUGGGACUUUCCGGAAUGGAAAUUGGAGAUUCUAGAUUACGCGUAGGCAGAGCUACCUAUGGAUUACAUGCGCCAUGGGCAUCACUCCCCAUGGGAGUCGAAGCCAUGGUAAAUCUUGCACGCAAUAUUGAACAAGAAAGUGACACAAAGAAUCGCAAAACACGACGGUCCACGCGGUCUAGCUCUUCAACUGGAAGCAGCAAUAGCCGACACAAACGGUCAUCUAGAGAUUACGAGACUACAGACGAAAGUGAGGGCGAGGACGACAAAAGUGGUAUCAAACAUGAAGAUAAUAAUGAUGAGGAAAAUGAAGAUGAUGAUGCUCCCUUGGAAACAGGACACCGAAGAGCACCUUCAAGAAUCUUAAUGCUGUUAAACGCAGUUACACCAGAAAACUUGAGCGACGACCAGGAGUAUGCAGAGAUUGUGGAAGAUGUACAAGCCGAGUGUUCCAAGUACGGAACCGUUGAAGAGGUUCUUGUGCCUAGAUCUGCCGAUGGAGCACCGCCAAACAAUUCUUCAACCAGUUCGUUCUCGGAAAUGGGAGCAACGGGUGUGGGCAAAAUCUACGUCAAAUUUGCACAGGUUGCAGCUUGUCGAGCGGCAUGUAGGGCUUUAGGAGGGCGCAAGUUUUCUGAUCGCACAGUUGUUUCGACAUAUUUUCCAGAAGAUAAUUUCGAGCUGCGAGUAUUUUAA